UGACGUAUUUGUUAUUCAAAAGACACGGCUGUUUAACUAUGCGGUGCCACACUCCCAUUCUUCACCAAAUGCAGAAUAGAGAAACACGCCCACUUUUUGGGGGUGUGUUUUUUACAUUCUUUUGCUCUGUUAAGUAUUUCGAGUUGUAACAUCACAGUCAGUCACCAAACUAUGAGCUAGUUUAACUCUCUAAAAAUUCCUUCAAAGAAUAUCGGCAAACGAUUUAUUACUACACUGAAUAUUUUCUGUGAAGUUCAGUCAUGAACAGCAACAACGACAACUCCCUCCCAGCAGAUAAUGAUGUUCCAGGUGAAUCAGCAGGGGGAACACAAAGAAUAUCAAAAACCCAGCUUUUUACCUUGAUAUCAGCUGCAUCUGUAAACUUUAGUUCAAUGAUAUGCUAUUCCAUUUUAGGACCAUUUUUCCCGAAUGAGGCUCUGCAAAAAGGGGCCGACCAGACCAUUGUUGGACUGAUAUUCGGAUGCUACGCCUUUUUCAAUUUACUGGGAUCUUUAAUACUAGGAAAAUAUAUUGUACAAAUUGGGGCAAAAUUUAUGCUUAUUGCCGGACUGUUUGUAUCAGGAGUGUGUACAGUUAUUUUUGGUCUGCUUGACAAAUUGCCAGAUGGACCCCUUUUUAUAGUUCUGUGCUUCAUCAUAAGAUCCAUAGAUGCUGUAGGCUUUGCUGCAGCAAUGACAUCAUCUUUUGCUAUUAUUGCAAAGGUCUUUCCUAACAAUAUUGCUACAGUGUUGGGAAGUUUGGAAGUUUUCACAGGGCUUGGUCUUGUACUAGGGCCUGUAAUUGGUGGCUUUUUGUACCAAUCGUAUGGAUAUGAGAUUCCGUUCAUUGCUCAGGGAUGUGUUCUGCUUUUGAUGGUGCCACUAAACAUGUGUGUUUUACCAAGCCAAGAUGCCACUCCCAGCAAGGAUUCCUUUUGGAGGCUUUUCACUCGACCGAAGAUUGUACUUAUAUGUUUUGUUAUAUUUUCUAUGAGUUCAUCUCUUGGUUUUCUGGAUCCAACCAUGUCCCUCUUUGUAAUGGAAAAGUUCAACUUGCCAGCAGGUUAUGUAGGACUCGUAUUCCUUGGUUUGGCAUUGUCAUAUUCACUAUCGUCACCUUUGUUGGGAGUAGUUAGUGACAAAAUGCCUACCCUUCGAAAAUGGCUAAUGGUGAUCGGAGGACUGUCAUCGGCCGCUGGAUUUUGUUUAUUAGGCCCUGCGCCCUUUUUUAACAUCAAGAGCCAGCUGUGGUUGUUUGUCCUGAUGCUGGCCGUGAUUGGGUUUUCUUUAGGCAUGACAGGAAUCCCCACCUUCCCUGAGAUCCUAAUUUGUGCAUAUGAAAAUGGAUUUGAGGAGGGCUUAAGUACAUUAGGCCUCGUGUCUGGUAUGUUUGGUGCCGUGUGGUCAUGUGGAAUGUUCUUUGGUCCAACCCUUGGUGGAUUUCUUGUAGAAAAAAUGAAUUUUGAGUGGUCUGCAACCAUUCAAGGGGGUAUUGCACUAAUUGCUUCCGUCCUCAUGGGUAUAUACUUCAUCAUAGAAGGCAGGUUGAAAAAAAGGUCUCCUCAGACUUCUAGGAAUGGAUCACAUGAAGAAAGCUCGCUUCUGUUAUCCAGUGGGAUAUAGCCAAACUACAAACACUCGUGGGGGAAAAAUAAAAAUGUUUCAGAUUGGUGCUGCCGCACAUAAGCUGGUACUGUAUGUUCUUAUUGUUAUACAAGCACAUGUUAAACAAGUCAAUGGAAGCACAAUCAUAGCACCCUGCUACUACCCUUUCACAUCGUCAACUUUGCACUUCUUUUGUUUAACUACAUCAAAAUAAUGGUAUGUUUCUUUAUACUUUGAACUUUAUUCUCGGCGUAGUCUGCCUCAAAGCAGCCAGUCCUUGAGGGAUGAUUGUUUUAACCAGGUCCCAGAUUUGAUUGUUUUUAUUUUAAUGUAAAAUGUACAGAAUAAUACAAUAAUUAGCACAACAUUCACUUUUUAAUUUGCAUAGGAAACUGGUACAUGAUUGUUCUGUCAAUCGAUGAGAAAAUCCUCUUCAGUGCCUUAUGUUUCAUGACAUGCUACAACCAUUACUACAUCUGAUACAUUUUUUAUAACUCUACAGUAUGUGUAUCCUGAUAGAUGUAUCCUAAUCAAGUUGGUAUUCAGCCGUCUUUCUCAGUGGUCACUCUUCAUGGUAGGCUUUGUUUUUGCAUUGACUCUUGACUUGGCCAGUACCUUGUUAAGUGCAUGCUUCUGCAGCUGUGACAAUGAAAACUGUGAAAAUCUUUCUCAUGUAUUUGUUAUGUUUUCUAAAAGAAAAAGUGGAAUGUAUUUUCUGAAACAAUAGCCUAUGAUUCUGUUCUGAAAGCAGCCUUUGAAAUAUAAAUAAUCUUUAAUAUAUGGAUUUAUGUACAUAUUUCAUGUUGUUUGCAAAAAAUGCAUAACAAAAGCAGAUCAGUAGUAAAUGUUAAUUUUAAUCCUCAUGAUGUGUUUCAGUUGUAAUUGCAUUUUCAUUUAUUUUUAUCAUAUCGCAUAUAGCCUUUCCUAAAUCACCGUUUAUCAAAAUGUUUUUCGUUAUAAAAAAUAAAUAAAUCAUCAGAUGCCACCAGCUUUCUUUAUUGUUGUUGAUGCACCACAAAUUAAUUUGAUUUGUGCUAAAAUUAGAGCUUUUGAUUACAUGUCUAUAAAUAAUUCAAAGUAGCAACCUACCUGUGAUGUGAAAUAGCAGUUGAUAACUGUAUGUCCUUGAAUUGUUUU